AUGUCCAACGCUAAUGGUGAGAGUGAAUUCUCACAGGCAGACAAAAAUGUGGAAAUGUGGCGUAUUAAAAAGCUUAUCAAGAGUCUCGAGGCUGCCCGUGGCAACGGGACGAGUAUGAUUUCCCUCAUCAUUCCUCCAAAAGAUCAAAUCACCCGUGUGGCUAAGUUGCUUGCUGAAGAGUACGGAACUGCAUCUAAUAUUAAGAGUCGUGUGAAUCGCCUCUCGGUUUUGAGUGCCAUCACUUCAGUUCAACAGAGAUUGAAGCUGUACAACAAGGUUCCAAACAAUGGUUUGGUGGUUUACUGUGGCACUAUAGUGACGGAUGACGGGAAAGAGAAGAAAGUGAACAUUGAUUUCGAGCCCUUCCGUCCCGUUAACACAUCGCUCUAUUUGUGUGACAAUAAGUUUCACACGGAAGUAAGUUUUCAUUUCGCAUUCUACAUCUGGCAGGCUCUCACGGCCCUUCUAGCUGAUGACAACAAAUUCGGUUUCAUCAUUGUUGAUGGUAAUGGUGCUCUGUACGGAACUCUCUCCGGAAAUACGCGUGAGGUGCUUCACAAGUUCACCGUGGAGUUACCUAAGAAGCAUGGUCGGGGUGGUCAGUCAGCCUUGCGGUUUGCUCGUCUCCGCAUUGAAAAACGUCAUAAUUAUGUCCGCAAAGUAGCGGAAACAGCUACUCAGCUGUUCAUCACAAAUGAUAAGGUGAAUAUUGAAGGUUUAGUGUUGGCUGGGAUCGCGGACUUCAAAAGCGAAUUAAGUCAGUCUGAUAUGUUUGACCAGGAUAGUGGUCGUUACUGUUUUGGCGUGGAUGACACUCUCAAGGCCUUGGAGAUGGGCGCCGUGGAGACACUCAUUGUGUGGGAAAAUUUGAGCAUCAAUCGUUAUGUUCUGAAAGCUCCAGCUUCCGAGGAAUUGAAAAUUAUUCACCUUAGACCCGAUCAAGAGCGAGAUCGAAAGCACUUCCUCGAUACCGAAACUGGGGUUGAGUUGGAAGUUGUUGACACGCAGCUGCUAUUAGACUGGCUAGCUCUCAAUUACCGCUCCUUCGGGACCAUUUUGGAAAUCGUCACUGAUCGAUCGCAGGAAGGUGCGCAGUUUGUGCGUGGGUUUGGUGGUAUUGGAGGUAUACUACGUUACCAAGUCGAUUUUGCUCACCUCGCUGGUGCUGAUCUUGACUUCAAUGAUGAAUUUAAUCUGGAUGAUUACUGA